AAAAAAAACUUAAUGAGAGGAAUUAAAUGGUUUUAGUAACUAUCAGCAAUUUUGGUAACUGAAGGAGACGAUUUGAAUUCCGAAAGCAUCAAAAUCGGAGCCCUAAAACGUGCAACACAAAGUUCCGACCCGAAUCCAAACAAAACCGAAGCAUGUAAGAUCGAAGCUGAAGAACGGGAUCCAGAAACAACCAAGAAAGAAUCCAAACCUCGAUGGCGAUCAUGACGAGGAAACGACGGCGCAUGAUGGUGGAAGCGGCGGCAGCGGUGACGGUGACAGCCAUCCUGCCGGAGGAUCUGAUGAUCGAGAUCCUGGCUAGGGUUAGGGUUAGCAACCCCUUGCAACUGAGGUGCGUGUGCAAGCGAUGGAAGUCGUUGGUGGUGGAUCCCCAAUUCGUGAAGAAGCACCUCCAGAAAUCGUUCUCGGACAUCACGGAUCUCGCCUCCAAAGCCAUGGAGGACAUGAACGCGUUUCAAUUGCAGCUCAAUUACGCUCCUGCAUUGGCCGAGCAACCGCAAGAAGAUGAAGAAGAAGGUGAGGAAGGAGAAGAGGAAGGUGAGGAAGGAGAAGAAGAAGGGGAGGAAGAAGAAGAAGAAGGGGAGGAAGAAGAAGAAGAAGAAGAAGACGCACAUUCUUUGGUGAAUGAGUUGGCUCAGUUGGAUAACAUGUUGGUGGUGGUUCGUUCUCUCAAAGGGAGUUUGGAAACGAUCAAGUUUGAUGUGCAAGCCAUCAAGGAGAGAGUUAAGUGUCUCCAGAGUUUUCUUCAAAUUUAUCUCAAGACAAGAUCUUCUUCUUCUUCUUCUUCAUCAUUUUCUUCUUCUCCUUCUUCUUCUAACUCACACUCUAUGUGAUUCUCUUUUCCUCUUUUUUUCUUUAGUUUUCCCAAUUUUGCAACUGUUGAUCUAUAAAUAACUUCACAUGGUUGCCUUUUCUUUUCUUUUCUUUUAAAGAAAAAAGAGUGAUUUGAAAUGACUAAGGAAGUAAAUUAUUUGGGGGGUUUGAUGCCAUUGUCUGUGUUGAGAGAUGGGUUAUGUGAAAUUAAUCUUUUUUAUUUGUUCAUGUGCUUCUUAGUUAGUUGAAUGUGAAGAACAGAACAAGAUUGCUUCCUAA